AUGUCUACUUUAUUAAUCACUUUUAAGAGAGGUGUUAAACCAUCACACGUUUGCAAACACCUUACAAAAUUGUUUAGCACCCCAGUUUCCACAACCUCAGUGAAGCGUCUUUAUUCUGAAAAGUUAAACACAACUGCAGCUGCCACUAACACCCUGUCUUCAAACGGCAAGGGAUCCUUUGGUACCAGAUCCACUGUUAUUCAACUAUUGAACAAUAUUGGUUCCAAAAGAGAAGUCGAACAAUACUUAAAGUAUUUUACAUCAGUUUCACAACAACAAUUUGCUAUUAUUAAAGUUGGUGGUGCUAUUAUUUCUGAUAAUUUACAAGAACUAGCUUCUUGUCUAGCGUUUUUAUAUCAUGUUGGAUUAUAUCCGAUUGUUUUACAUGGCACUGGUCCACAAGUCAAUGCCAGAUUAGAAGCUCAAGGUAUUGAACCCCAAUAUAAUGAUGGUAUUAGGAUUACCGAUGAAAAGACAAUGGCUGUUGUAAGACAAUGUUUUUUGGAACAAAAUUUGAAAUUGGUCACCGCUUUAGAACAAUUAGGAGUUAGAGCCAGACCAAUAACUUCUGGUGUUUUCACCGCUCAGUAUUUGGACCCUGCCAAAUACAAAUUAGUUGGAAAUAUUACACAAGUCAAUAAAGAUCCAGUCGAAGCCUCGAUCAAAGUCGGUGCUUUACCGAUUUUAACUUCUUUAGCGGAAACACCGUCGGGACAAAUGUUGAAUGUUAAUGCAGAUGUGGCUGCCGGUGAAUUGGCUAGAAUUUUUGAGCCGCUAAAAAUUGUUUAUUUAAAUGAAAAGGGCGGUAUUAUAAAUGGUAAUACUGGUGAAAAAAUUUCUGUUAUUAAUUUAGAUGAAGAAUAUGAAGGACUUUUGAAAGAAAGCUGGGUUAAAUAUGGCACUAAAUUGAAAAUUAAGGAAAUUAAAGAGUUGCUAGACUAUUUACCAAGAUCCUCAUCUGUAGCGAUUAUUAAUGUUCAUGAUUUACAAAAAGAAUUAUUUACUGAUUCCGGUGCCGGUACCAUGAUUAGAAGGGGAUAUAAAUUAAUUAAAAGAAAUAAAUUAUCUGAUUUUGGAAGUCUGGAUGCAUUAAGGGCAACGUUAAAAAGAGAUCCACAAAUUGCUUCUGGAAAGGAAUCUGCUGCCAACUAUUUGAAAUCGUUAGAAAAUUCUAGUUUUGUCAGCUAUAGUGAUGAACCUAACGAUGUGUUUGCUCUUGUCAAGACUGAUUCAAAUUUACCAAUUCCCAAAUUAGAUAAAUUUUUGUGCACACAAGCCGGAUGGUUAAACAACGUUACUGACAAUGUUUUCAGUGCAUUAAAAAGAGAUUUCCCAGCUUUACAAUGGGUGGUUUCUGAGGAUGAUCCAAAUAUUGCAUGGCAUUUUUCUAAGUCGGAUGGCUCAUAUUUGAAAAAUGGGAAGAUUUUAUUUUGGUAUGGUAUCAAAGAUUUGGCUGCAGUCAGUACAGUAAUUUCUGAGUUUGUUAAAAAAGUUACUUCUACUCCAUUUAGCUCAUCAUCUUCACAAAGCAGUGGUGUUUUUAAUACUGGCAACUCUACCCGGUCUUACUCUACCAAGUCCAGCCCAAAACCAAAAGGUACCAAUGUUAAGCCGGCUCGCGUUGCUUUAAUUGGUGCUAGGGGUUAUACAGGGAAAAACUUGAUCAGCUUGAUAAACAGCCAUCCAUACCUAGAGGUUGCUCAUGUUUCCUCUCGUGAAUUGUGUGGCCAAAAAUUACAAGGUUAUUCAAAAGCCGAAAUAAUAUACGAAAACUUGAGUACCGAUGAUGUCAAAGCUUUAGAGAAGAAUAAGGAGGUUGAUAUGUGGAUCAUGGCCUUACCAAACAACGUUUGUAAACCGUUUGUUGAAGCAAUAGAUUCUGUUCCUGAUGGUAUAUCUAAAAUUAUUGAUUUAUCGGCUGAUUUCAGGUUUGUCGAUGAGUCCGCAUGGCGUUAUGGUUUACCUGAGCUAAAUGACAGAAACAAAAUUUCUGCAGCCAAAAGAAUUUCAAACCCAGGUUGUUAUGCUACCUGUGCACAAGUUUCAAUUUUUCCCUUAAUAGAAUAUAUCACCGGUUUACCAACUGUCUUUGGUGUGUCUGGUUAUUCUGGGGCUGGUACUAAACCAUCUCCUAAGAAUGACCCAAAAUUUUUGAAUAAUAAUUUGAUUCCAUAUGCGUUAACUAAUCAUAUUCACGAGCGUGAAAUUUCUACUCGUUUAGGUACAGAAAUAGCGUUUAUUCCACAUGUUGCUCAAUGGUUCCAAGGUAUUACUCAAACUAUUUCUAUUCCUAUAAAAAAGGGUGCUUUGACGGAUGAAGUUGUUUCUAAGUUGUAUAAAGAUUUUUAUCAGGACGAAAAAUUAAUUAAAGUGCUUGAAGCCGGUGAGAUUCCCCUAGUCAAGGACAUUUCUGGCAAACAUAGCAUUGUAGUUGGUGGAUUUAAAGUUAAUAAGGCCCAAGAUCGUGUUGUAGUUUGUAGUACUAUUGACAAUUUGCUAAAGGGAGCUGCUACUCAAUGUCUACAGAACAUUAAUUUAGCUUUGAACUACGGUGAGUACGAUGGUAUUCCAGAGGAAGAUAUUUUAUAA